UUUAAAUUGGGUCGCAGAACUGUUACCAAAGUUGAACUAAAUCAGUUUAAAAGAUUGUGGUGCCUGAUAGACGACAUUGUUGGAGAAAUAAACAACUGCUAUGGGAAGCUGUUUCUAGUGCAGUUUGGUAUUCUUUUCACCGAGAUCGUAAUGGGGAUUUACUGUCCCAUAGAGGAUGAUAAAAGUUGGGGUACGACCACUUUUAGGACAAUCAAUGCUUCCGUGAAAUGUUUCUUCCUUUGUUGUACAGCUGAUAGAGUUUCUGAAGAGAUACGAUCAACAGGUCUGGCCAUCUACAAAGUAGACACUCAAGAAAUACGUAUUAUGGAUGAACUGGAAGUGAUUUCUUUACACAUGCUUAACAGCAAAGGUGAAAUUGAAGCGGCAGGAUGAUUCAUGGAAUAGUAACCUAUAUAAUAAUUUUAAUACAACUAUCUCCUUGAAAACAGUAAGAACAGAAAAUGUGUGCCGAAAGGUCGAAAGCACCAAUAUAUAAAAAUAAAAUCAAACACAUAUAGUACCGAUGAAGAAGUUUGAUUGAAGUUUAAAAAAUAAAAACGCAUAUUUUUACGAUGAUGUUUUAUUUUUCAACAACCAUAACAUGUAAUUAAUAUCAUACACAAAUAAAU